CUGUUCGUCAAAUUGCUUCCCAUCGAGAAAGGGGUUCCAGUGGUUCUCGUGGUCGAGAGCGAGAAGUCUUCCAUUGGUCAACAGAUUAUUCUCGAUUUGAGUGCAUAUCAAUCAUCUGUUACUGUAUUGCGAAUGUUGGACACGAGUGACGCUCUUCUCAAUCAAAUGCUUCCGAAGAAUAUCAAGAGUUAUAAACUGCCGCUUCUGUUGACUAUUGAUAACACGGAUUAUGUGUUUAAAAUAUUUCAAACGCCCGACAUUCCCGAUAACCGCAUACGUGAUGUAUAUGUAAAGCGAAUCAAAUCCAAGUUUAUGUCCCAAUCCCUGGUCAUUGACGAACAAAACGGACAACACGUCCAACAGUUAUCGCCCAACAAACAGCCCGAAGACUCAUCGGUGGCCAAAAUACAGAACAAUAUCGAGAGUCCGGCCACUGGCCAACGGGUCUACAUGUCUGACCUGAACAAUGCACUCAGAUAUUCAUUGUUUCAGGAAAUAGCGCUCAAGAAGCGCCUCAACACCACACAAAUCAAUGCUCUAAAGAAUUACUUAUCGGCACUGGAAGUGCACUUUCCCUUCCAGACCAACAAAAUGCUAACAUUUGUCAAAUACCUCAACGAAUGGCUCGCGAAGAAGAGGGCCGGCGUU